CUUGCUCAAAUUGGGUUCUAAAUUUCAGAUCUGGAACGAGUCUUCCUCAAAACUCAAAGCUAUCCUUCCCUCGUAAUCCCCGCUGCUUCUACCGUCUCUCCCGCCGACGUUCUAUCUUGUCAAGUCGAGACUAUCCUCCGCUUUCACCUCCUUGACUAGGUGGCGGGUUACAUGACGCACCUCCACCACUUCCACCAAGACCUCUCAACUCCGGCGAUCCUUUUGCCGCGGCGACGAUUACGCGAUGUUGAUGAUGGAAUGAUGAGAUGGAAGGACAUCUGAUGAUGAUGAUACAAGGAGUGUUGAGAUGAAAAGACAAUCUGAUGAUGCGAGGAAGUAUUACGGCGGCAGCAAAGAGAUGAUGGUUGCAAUUAUUUGAUCUGCAUGUGUUUACGAUUACGAUUACGAUUAUCUGUGUGUCCUUUAUUUAAUUUUACAUUCUUCACCAUGGAAGAUUCCAAUUAAGAUCCCAUAAACUUGACCGAUUUCUGUUUUCUGGUGGUCUGUUUGUUGAAGUUUUAGUGUUUUAGCCGCGGCUGCAGCUGCGGCCAUUAUGGUGGCUGUGCUAUUUGGCAGAGGUAGUCACGAGGAUCGGGUUUCCCUCUUUUUUUGUCAUAUAGUACUUGGUACGGAGUAGUUGGUACUGGGAGAAGGGGAAGAAUCGAAAGCAUCAUGAUACCUGUUGACACAUUGAUGGAUGAUCAUCAUUUCCCGGCAAUGCUAGCAAAUCGAUAUAUCUUGGCUCGAUCACUACAUAGUUUGGUAGCUUCUCCUUUUUGCAGUGACGCUUGAAGCUCAGAUCAAAAGGUAAGAAUAAAAAAUAGUUUUCUGAGGCAUCCCUGGAUUUAACUUGUUGCUGUCAUUUCCGUAUAAGCCGUGUGACGUUGCUGAGUGGACGAACAUCCUAUUUGGUUUCAAACCAUCUAUCACAUACUGCAAAUUGUGUGGAUGCAGGUAUUUCUCCUUCUUGUUUCUUGUGUCCCUCUAGUGAUGUGUGGGAGAAAUCGCUCUUAUGAUUUUGGAUGCGCCCAAGGCUUCUUUCCUAGCGCUCUUUUUUUUUUUGGCUUGCCUAAAAAAUGAAUAAAGAUGAACUGCUAGCUUGUAUGACAGUAGCGUGGGCGUUUAGAAAUUCGGUGGUGUUUAAUGAAUCCUGCAACAGGGCAUUGUGGGAUUUCUGAAACUUGUUAAUGACUACAAGGAAUACGCUUGUGCUGUGUUCAGGAAGCCAAAGGAACAGGUGGGGGGCUCGAGGUCUUGCUGGCAUGCUCCUGCUAUGCAGCAAUUAUGGUGGCUCUUGGGGCUGUAAUUCGGGGAGGUUGUUGCUGUUGGGGUGAGGAGAUACAAAGCCUGCUGGAGGGUGGAGCUGACAGAAGCAAUGGCUGCAAGGUUUGGGAUGAAGCUUAGUGAGUGUGAUGCGAGCAAAAUAGUGAUGGCUGUGUGUGAUAAAAGAAUUGGAACAACACCUUUUGAUCUGAUCAUUGGAGAUGUCUGUAGUCUAAGUGAAAGUUUUGUUUCUUUCUCUUGCACUCAUGUACGCAGGUCCGGAAAUACCGUGGCCCAUUUAGCUGCUAGAUUGCUACCCAUUGAUGGAAGGUGGGAAUGGGUGAGGCGAUGGCAGCUCCAUUUGGCUAAGAGAUUGAACUACAAUCAAGUAAUACUCCAAUGCGAUGCACUGAACGUAGUGAAGCCUGUGAAUGCAGGCAGAUUUGGAAGAACUUCCUUGGAUCUAUUGCUUGAGGAUGAAUGCCUUUGCUCAUUUAGCGGUGAGAUUACCAAGGCUCCCUUUUUUUUUCAAAAAAGAGUAAAGAGUAAACAGAGAGAGGGAGUAAAGAGGAGCUUCAUAAUGAAAUGAAUGGAGUGUUAUUUCAUGAGGUUGAGGACAAACCACAAAGACGAAACCAUUGGUGCCAACUGUUUCACUUAAUUUGUAAUUGGGGUGGAACUGUCAUUGAUGGCGAAGAAGAAAGAGAGCAUUCACUCGACUGCAACAGAGCAAAUGCCAACACCAGUAACAGCAAAAGCAACAGCAACAGACCCGCCAGGGAAAGAGUUUGUGCCAACCGUACCAGUCUAGUGAUUCGCCUGAUUCUCGUAUUCAACCUGGUCAUCGCUGGAUGAGAUGGAGAUGGAGAUGUAUUGCCAUCGGAUAAGGGAUCUUAUGAAUGGUUUUAUGCAGGUGUUGAGCUAAUACCAUUCCGUGAAUUGAUAAACGACUUCAAGUGUAUUAGGAGAGUUUCUUUGUUCAAUUCCAUAAGGAUGGAGGAUGCUAUUAACAGGACAAUCAACAGCUUAUUCCACUUUUUAACAAAUUGAUUCGAGCCUUUCUUGAUGCUGCUAUGUUGUGGUCAAUAUAACAUUGCAUCAAAAAAGGCUCAAGUCAAUUUGUUGAUAAUACUGAGAAUAUUGCGGCACAGGAGGUAGAGUUAGUGGUUUUAGAAGACGUGGUCGGGGUUGAGGUGGUUUAUUAGGAGGACUUGUAAGCUCUUUGGUGGAUGCGCUUACAGCAAGCCUCAAGGUAGGCUAUAGCUGGCAAAAAAAACUAGGUGCAAAGGACCGUCAAACAAACCUGUGUUGGGCUGCUUACAAAUGUUACGUCAAUAUAAGUUGAGAAUGUGUUGCUAAUAUUGAUUGAGGUAAUGCCACCUAAAAUUUCUAAAGAUAAGAAUAAGCCUAAAGCGCAGCUGAAGGGAGAGGUGAAAGUGGGUGAUAUAUUUCAUAUAGAGGAUGUACAAGACAGAGAUAGAUUUCUUAUUCAUCUAGAUGAAUCGGAUUUGAAGUUGCCUUUGAAGUUCUUGUCUGAACUUAUAAUGAUGAGAUACUGUUGUGCAUAUAAUGGUAAGAAAUGUCAACUUCUAAAGUUUCGUCAAAAACUAAGAUGUGCUGAACCUAUUGAUUACAAGAUGAGUGACCAAGGUUUAUUUAUGAUUUUAACAUUGGUAGUUUUUGGUGAUGUUCAAAUUGAGUUUCUUGUGUUCAAACCUAGAGUUUAUAUAUUGGCAGUAGGAGUUAAAGGACAAUGGUGGAAAGUGACUGAUUUUACCGAGCAUACAACUAUGGAUUUUCCAGGAGCUCAUUCACUAGGCUAUGAUGGCAAUUAUAGAACUAAAAUUCCUGGGAUAUUUAGUUUUAGUAUGAUUUGUGAUAAUGUGAUGAAUUUGUUCAAGGGAAUUGACAAUGGGAAAAUGAUUGCAAACACUGAGAAACAUUUUAAGAGUUUAGUUGUUGUCAUUGCUGAAAGUAUCCGUUUUGCUGAACUUUUAGAGAUGUUUUAUACGGUUUUGAAAUAUCAUGAUAGAGUUGUUGAACUCAAUAAUAUUCAACGGUGGUUGAUUCGCAAUUGGGAAACAUUAAGCAGCAAUUGGGUAUUAUAUGAUCUUGGAUAUUCUUGGAAAAGUAUAAGAGAAUUAAGUAUUCGCCGUGACUCUGGUGAUGAUAAGAGCGAUAUCCCUCCUCCUCGUGACUGCUUUGAUGAAAACCAUCCUUCUAAAGAUCCCACUAAGAUUUUUGAUAUGCUGAGUCUUAUUUUAUAUCCCCAAGAUAGAUAUACUUUGGGAAGCAUUGAGUCUUUACAAAAGGAUACUAUGAGCCGAGUGAGAGAUGUGGGAAAGGUUGAGGUAGACAUCUUGGUAAAUAUGGUGACUAGAGAGGUUUUAAGGAUGAUUGAAGUUGCCAAAACAGAGGACAAUGCAAACCCGAUUGCGGUUGAAAAUAGUACAAGAAAGCAUUAUGAAUUUAUACUUAAUAUGGAGAAAUCACUUUUGAAGAGACUAGAACAACAUGAGGCUGCUGGUAGUUCAAGUAAGGGGUGAGAAAGCAGCUUUGAACAUGCUUUUGAGGAGGUGGCUUUUUGUUCUUGCAGAAACAGUGAUGCUUGUUUGUAGUUGCAUCUAAUUAUGUCAGACGUUGUUAUUUUCAAAAUACUUGGAUUUCAAUUGUAGAAUGUUCCAUGUUUCUUAGUGUCUUACCAUAUAAUUUUGCAUUGAAGGAAUAUUAUUCCCUUUGUUACAUGUCUUUGAUGGAGACUUUUUUUUAAUUAUAUAUAUAUAUAUAUAUACAUAUUUUUAUUGUCCAA